AUGGAGGAGAAUGUAAAAGACAAGUGGUUUUCUAUGGAAGGAUAUCUCCAGAUGAAGUAUCUGAGCUCAGGUAACUAUUCUUCCUCUUGUUUCUUUUUAUGACAUUCAAUUUCAGCGCUUUCGUACUUCCAAUCUAGAAAAAGAUAUUACUUUGGACUGGACGAAGGGACUGACAGUCUGCUUUACUUCAAGGACAAGAGUGAUUUUGACAAAAGACUUAAUUGUUUGGGCUCCAUCCCCUUGAAUGGAGCGAUCUGUGUACCCGCCCCUACACCGAAAAUGUUUACGCUACAGUAAGAUUUAACAUUACAAUUUUAGUUUUGAUUAUUUUUCAAAAAUAAUUGAAAUAUUUUUUGCAGUAUUGAUUAUAAAAAGUACGAGAUUGAAGGAGAAACAAGUAAGGCGACGCAGUGUUGGAUAAACGCCUUGCAGAGACGCCGAGAUCUCAAGGAAAAUAUAAAUUGGGAACUCCCUUGCAUCGUAUUCAACUCAAUUCGAAGAACCAGAAGCAGAAGUCGAUCUGUUCAUUCAUUGGUAACCUUAUCGUUGUAAAAUAAUAUAUUUUUUAGAGUGACACUGCGAGUUCCACACCUAAAAGAAGACCAAAACAACCACCAACAAGACGUAAGGUUAUUAAAUGUAAGAUUGCAUUACUCUGCUUAAAAUUCUCGAGUAUUUUUGUUGAAAAGCAGCGCUUACUAACUAUUCAUAUCAGUUUUAUAUUAAUCAUGUCCAUGUGCUGGGUCUAAUCAAAACAAAUCCUCGAUUACUAAUCGACUAUUUGGCUUUGCCCUCCGGGGAUAUUACGAAACCCCUGGGCCUUCCAAUCGUAUAGUAAUCCGAUUUCAGUGGAGAGUAACCGCCAGCGAUCGUUGCAAGCACCCUGUCCUUUGCAUAGCCCGCCGGCCAACAGCAACUGCUCAAAUUUAGUGGAAUCCCGCCUCUCACGGUGCAUUUCCAUGAAUCAGACGAUGCGCAAAGAGUCACUCGCUGUGCCUAUGAGCUCUGAUACUACCAGAAGAAAUACUUUACAAGUAAGUUGCUACCCUGAUUUUAUUUGAAAGUUAUAGUUUUAGUCAUCAUUGACUUAACCCUUGUUUUUUACAGCCGCAACAAUUAUCCUCCCAUAUCCACCGAAUGACUGAAUCUAAACCCCCAACUUGGUUGGAAGAAUGGGUCGAGAAAUGGCUCAACGAACAGAUGGAUGGCGGAUUUGUGGCCAGGAAGAUCACAAGGAGACAUUCAGAGAUCCCCGAUCUCUCCAAGCAACUGAGUAAGGUCAGUGAGGCCAAGAUAUCUACAAAGUCAUCGUCUUCUGUUACUUCGGGACCUGACUCUCAUUUGGGCGAUGAACAUCAUGAUAUCAUGGCUUCAUCUACAGCCACAACCUGCCAAUUGAAUUACGAGAACGGAGAUUUGCAUCCAAAGGCGGAGAGUUGCAGUGAUUUCUGUUUGGAGACUGACCGGAGUUCGCUGAAUAGUAGCGGGGCCAGUUUCCCCGAAGUUUACGAUGAGCUGAUUAUGUUAAGAGAGGUGGAUAAUCAACAAAAGGCACGAAUACAUUCGUUAACAAUGCAAUUGGAGAAGUUGAGGGCGAAGCAAUUUAUCAAGUAAGUAUUUUACAUAAUAACCAUAGUAAAUAUACGAACAAUAAAGAAAUUAAGAGACGUUAAAAAUUCCAAACACACAUGAUCACCAGAAUAUGCAAAUUUAAUCGGCUUAAGAUUGUUUAUUAUAAUAUACAUAUAUCAUACCGAGUACUUUCGGUUGGCGUAAACACGAUUCUUAACUCUGAGCACACUUUUCUCUACAUUCAGGCCGAUGACGUCGAUCCGAGGAGGUCUAUCUGUUUGGAGAAAUGUGUGCGUAAUUUGCUUUGGAGACUUGUUAUAGCUAUUUAGGCCAAAUUGAAUUAAUAUUUUUUAAUUGUAAUUUAAAAAUGAUUUAGUGGGAGUGCCAAGGAUAUGGAUGAAUCAGCUUUGCUCGAGCAGAAUCGGCUGUUGAAUACAGAACUUAUCAAAUUGAAUGACAAAUGUAGAAUUAUGGAAAAAGAAAUGGAAAUAUGGAGAACGUAAGGGCGAAUCAAGGAUGAAAUAAUUGCAUUUGGUUUAGUAAAGUAGAAGUCCUUGAGAAUAUGAUGGAAAACUUUAAGAGGGAGUACGUUUAUCUUCUCCAAAGUUGCGUCAGAAUCCCGUUACAUGAACAUUCAACGUGUGAUGCCAUUCAAGUCAAGUUGUUUGGAGGAGCAGUGGUAAGUUUAAAUUUUUUUAUUGCUUGGUAUGUUUGAAGAUCACGUUAUUUUUUAAUUCCAGCAUGAGAACAGAGUAAAACAGCUAUUGGCAGAGGCCAGACAAGAAGAUCCCAAACUGCCGACUGUUGAGAGGUAAUUUAUUUAAAGUUGCGCGACAAAUAUGCAUUUGUUCAUUUGGGUUGGAUCGACCCAGUAUUUAUAGCCAAUGUUGUAAAAUUAUUUGACUAGCUAGAAUGAGUUGGCACGACUUGGCCAGCUGUGUUGGAUUGGCUGGUCAAAGCCCAUCAAUGGCUAGCCAAAAAGUUCAAUUGAAUAGCCAAACUGUUACAAUUCCUUCACAGAUAUUGUAAUAGCAACGGUAGAAAGCACUUUUGACAGCCAUUCUGACGUAUUUGCAGGAUGAUUCGGGUUUUUGGCUAGCCAGGCGAAUUUUUUGUGGCUGUUAUGCCAACUUUGGCUAGCUGGUCAAACAAUUUUGCAGUAUUGGCUAUACUACAAAAUUGUUGUUUAUUGGCUCGAUACCCGAUCCUCCCCAAAUGAAGGGUAGCCGAAUUGCCAAAAUUUCUAAUAUUUUUAGUGUCACAACUCCCGGAAACUAUCACGUAGAUGACUAUGGAUUCCGUCACAGCUUCGAAGAGACUCCUUUGGCCUUGCAUUACAUUUGCACCCAAUUAAAUUCCCAUUAUUACGCCCAGUCCGAUGAUUACGCUCGUCUGAAAUCACGAUGGAGAACUCUUUUGGACUCGAAUCCUCAGAAAAUCGAAAACAAUGUAAGUAUUAAGACUUGGGCUAAAAGAUAAUCCCUUUGUUUUCAGAAGGGGAACCGGCAAUUAUGUCGUUCAGGGAUCCCGAGAUCAAUGAGAUCAGCCGUCUGGAGGGUGUUGAUCAACCAAGAAGUUGCUGAUCUUAAGGAAAAAUAUGGAGAAUACUAUUACAGAAAUCUUUGUAGUAGUCAAGGAACUCCUUCAGAGAAGAUUGUAUGCAAUUUUUUUUUUCAAAUUUUAUCGUAUGUAUAAUUUUCGGGGCUUUUAGUAUUGCACCAGUCAUCAAAAGCAAAUUAACCUCGAUCUUCUCCGCACAAUGCCCUCAAAUGUUCAUUUUAUGAGUGCAAGCUGCAAGGGAGUUAACCAUCUGCAAGCAGUGCUUCGCAGUUUUUGUCUCCACAAUCCUUCGUUGGGUUAUUGUCAGGGAAUGAACUUCCUUGCUGCUACUGCGUUGCUUUUUGUGAGCCCAGAAGAUGCCUUCUGGUUCUUGAUCGCUGUAACCGAGAGAUACUUUGACUCCUCGUAUUUCGACCAGAACUUGAGUGGAGCCCAGGCGGAUCAGGUAAUUUCUGUGCCUCCUUUGAUUUAUAUAAUAUUGUUUUAGGAAGUCUUGAAAGAACUGGUUGAAUUGAAGUUCCCCAAGUUAUCAAAGCAUUUGGAAGAAUGUGACAUCGACUUGACGACGGUGACAUUAAACUGGUUCCUGGCCUUAUUCUUUGAUGCCGUUCCCUUCCAAACGAUGCUUCGCAUAUGGGAUUGUUUUCUUCUUGAAGGAGCCAAGGUCUUAUUUCGUUUUACUGUUGCUUUGCUUGGCCAAUAUCAAGAUGAAAUAUUGGAUCGAACUGAUACCAUCGCUGUAAUGAAAGUCCUCAAGGCGGCGGUGAGACUUACUUAUGAUGUGGAUGGGCUGAUCAAGGUAAUACAGUGGUACAAAUCUGUAGAACGAACCUCCGUAUAACGAAACUUUUGUAUGACAAAGAAUAUCAAAGUCCCAAGAGUCAGUUUUAGGCCAGGCUGAACCUCCGUAGAGCAUGUACAAUAUAAUUUUUAUUUUCCUUGAAGUUGAUUGUACAGAGGGUUUACUGUAUUUUAUGAAUUUCUAGUUCGCCUUUGAUGAUCUCCAACCAUUCCCCAGUCGGACUACUCUCAAGAACAAACAUUCUGGAUAUCUGGAACUUCUGAAGGUCAGGCUGAAUCAACGGAUGGUCCUGAGGAAUUGCCUUGAUGUUACAGUAAGUCAAUUGUAAAUACAUUUGCUUUGUCAAAACUCAGAUUUUAACCUUCAGAUAUUUCUAAUUGUUUACGUUUCAGAACAUUUCAAGCGAGACCUCAGAAAAGAUUUGUGAUCUUCCAGUCGAACAAAUCGUAUUCAACGAUCACAAACCCGGCGUCGGCUUCGUAUGUGCGGGGAAUCAGAAACGCGGGAAGAUUGCCAGAGUCUCGAUUGGCGAAUGUAUCGCUACAAUGUCCACGUUAGACAUUGAAUUUGAUUGUCGGCCGGUGUCAAUGGUCAUUCUGAAGGAGGAAAUGGCCUUUGUUUCGCUACUUUCUGGCUAUAUUGUAGCCUUAAGUGUGGUGGAAAGGAAAGAGUAAGAUUGCGCCGAGUUUUAAUCACAUGUUUUUAGAGAGAUUCUAUGGGAAUUAAAGUUGAAUGAUGUCGCCUUGAAACUGUUGUAUCAUGAAGAACGACUUUACGCAGCUCUGGCCAAUGGAACACUGACCGUUUUGGAGGUAAGAUACGAAGAAAAUCCUUACUUCAAAUGUGUUUAGAAUGUUUUUGUCAAACGACCCACUUGCCUGGAUCUUUACCACAUUCCCAUUGCCGCUGCUCCAAUCACAGACGCCAUUAUGGACGAGGAAUGCCUUUAUUUGGCUGUGGCUUGCAAGGUAGUCAUCUUGAACAAAGAGUAAGUGAUUUAUCUUCGUUUUUAGAUCUUUUAGGACUCUCUCAACCAUCAGCAAUAUGUAUGUGGCUUCUUCUGCCUGUGGAAGUCAUGUCCCGAUGUUUGAAAAGAUCAGGGCCUUUGCCGAUUCGCCUUAUGGGAUCUGGUUGAUUACCGCUCAUUCCUCGUUGGUUCAGUUAUGGCUGGAAUCGGAAUGCCAGAUUUUGUUCGAUAUAACUUAUGACCAUAGUCAGAGGUAAGUCGAGGUAUUUAAAUGAUGGCAUGUUGUAUUACUGAAUCGAUAGACGAGUUGCAAGGGAUUCUAGGGUCUAGCACUACGAUUUUUUAGCUCCAGAAGGCCAAGUUUUGACGAGCAUGAUCAACUGCAGACGGUCGAAGUCUACUCCAUUAUGUACCAUGAGAAUGAACUUUGGAUUGGAACUGUUGAUGGAUAUCUGAUGUUGUACACUGUCAGUCAAGUUGAAGAUUCUUGGGAAAGAAAAGGAUCUGUGGGAAAGAGGGCAGCCAAAUUACAUGAAAGAUAUCCGCCAGGAAAGAGAUUGUCACCAGUCCAAAGUAAUGUGGCCGAGAGUCCAUUUAUGCGACAGACCAUGUAUUAUAUUCCGACCGAUAAAGAGAGACUUCUGGAGGAGAUUGCCAGUGCCAAAGAAUAUCCAGAGAGCGAGAGACAGACUAGAAAGAUAUCUGUUAUCAUCGAUCCGUCCACAAAACAGUACAAGGGUAAUAUAAUUACAAUUAUACUGUAUUUCAUAAUACGACUUCUGCCUUAUUUGGUAUUUUAGUAAAUGUGGAGGAUAUACGCCAGAUCAGUGCAGAAUCCCAUUCAGAGACGUCUUCAAACAUGAAUUCGUUGUCUCCAAAGAGCGUCGCUUCCUCGUCUUUAUCACCAGGCGCUGACUCUUUGAAUGUCAGCGAUAAGUCUCAGCCAAAGUAAGUCCAAUAAGUACAAAGUAAAUACAAACAUUAAUACUAUAAUCUGUAGACUCAAGGCAAAGCUCUGCAAAGGAUAUAGCGCCGAUUCGGCCGUUUCCCUGAAGUCUGUGGAUGGAAGUAGGUAUCAGACGGCUUGUGAAGUGAUCCCUGAAACUUCGGACACAAGUCAGCUCAAAUCUCAACAAUCCAAUGGCUCGCCUUCGGCGACAAACAAGCGGAAGACCCUGAGGCAAAGGAGGAAUCCAAAUGCCGAGUAUUUGAGUUGUUGGACGGGCGAGGGAUCCAUGGAGUAUGAUGACACGUUUGAUUUGUAUUCAGAAGUGGACGGUUAGUCAUCAUCAAUAUUCCUAAUUGAAAUAUUUUUCUCAUACGUCUAACUUUUGUUUUAGAUGCUCUUCGAAAUCAGAUUGGACUAUUGGAGGAAUCUCUCGCUCAGAAUUCUCCAUCAAUUCAUAAAUCAAUUCAAAUCCCAGUCAGAAAAAUGAGUUCGAAAGUGUUUGGAAAAUACAAAAGUUUGACGAUUGACGAGUCGAGAAGUGAUACGGAUAAUGCUAGUCAGUCCAGCGAUUCUGUUAGUCAGCGCUCCCUUUCAUCGGCCGAAUCUGGCGCCAGAAAUCGAGUUCUACAGAGAGUUCUCAGUGAAAGAUUGUCCAAACAGAAGCUGAAGUUGAGAAGGAGAGAUCUGGACAUUCCAAGUAGGUACUCGAGUUUGAAGUAAUCCCAAUUGUAUCAUGGUAUUAUACCUGACAAUCAAUCUUCGUUUCAGCCAAUGCUGCGAUGUUGGUCGCACUCAAAGAGAGGGAAAGAGUUGACCCAUCGACAGCUCUCACCUUCACGACGUCGAUACUUCCAACUGAACCCUCUACCUCAGCUGUUUCUGACAGUGAUUCCCGCCCUAAGGCACCCAAGAUUUUGUCAAGGAAAUGCUCGGCCAUAUAUCAAGAAAAUGGCCAUGAAGAGCCUUUGGCGGAGAAACCCGUUAGAUAUUCAAUUAAAAUGCAACUUCAGAUGAAACUGAAGGUGUCUGACAAACCUCUGAAAUGUAUUACCCUCACACGGUGAGUCGUUUUAGUUUGAAAAGAUAUAUAAACACUCAUUUUUAGAUAUAAUGGAGAGCCUACUGUAAUUACCGGUGCUGGAAAUUAUGGAGACGAAGAGGCGAUUCUGCGAUGGCGUCGUGACAAAAUUAGUGUAAGUCCCUCUUUUAUAAUACAUGUGAUAAUUAUUUUUAUUAAUUGCUGAGUUUGCAGGGCCUCUGGAUAAAUGAUCCCUUGGCCGAUGCUCAAAUGUCCGGCCGCCGUCGUACCACGAUAUCCAACGGAAAAUUGCCCCGAAAAUAA